AUGGCCGAGCAACACCAGCAGAGCUGGGCCAAGCCGGGGGUAGGGGAGACCGCAGGGGAGGGCACCAUGGCCAUGGCAGGCACGCCGCACCCGACGCCGGACCGGCAGGGGCGCAUGGCAGCUGGGGGAUGGGCGCCCGCGACGCGCGCAAGGACGCGGGGAGCUCAAGGACGCGCCAGUGGAGGGGAGAUAGGGGUUGGGGAAGCGCGGGAGCGAUGGAUCCGGCCCGCCGAAGACAUCUCGGGGCGCGCCGUGGCGGCCCUCCAGCGACGACGCGGCAGGAGGGGGAGCAUCCAGGCGGCGGCGGGUGGUGGAUCUGGGGGGCGCGGGUCUGGGAACGCGCUUGCGGGACGGAUCCGCCCUGCCGCCACCAUCCCGGGGCGCGGCGGGGCUUCGUCGACCGGCCCUCCGGCGGCGGCGCAGCGGUGGCUGGCGGGGAGGUGCCUCCCUAGCGGCGGCGGCUGGGGUUUCCCCGUGUCGCCAGAGGCUGGCGACGGGGGGCGCGGGGCUUCUUACUUCGAUGUUGCUUGCCGCACUGCACAGACUUGA